CUUGCUCUGGAUCCUGAACAGAUGAAGAGGUUUGAAGAGGAGUACCUCGAACGGAGGUCGGAGUUCCGUCGCACGGGUGUUGGCCAACGCUACAUGACCAAGGAAAAGCUGAAACAAAUGAAUGAAGAUGAAUGA